UCAAAAAAUUCAACUGAAUUAUUACUUUUAGAACAACGAAAGAAAGUACAUUCCACCGGCAGUAAGGGCCAAAUUAGAAGCUGAUGCAACUGGAGGUAAAAAUCAAGAAAAACUAAACAGGCUAAAACGUGAACUCAAAGGACUUAUUAACAGACUGGCAGAAGCAAAUAUGCAUAAAAUAGCUGUUAAAAUUGAGCAACUUUAUAUGGCGAAUAGUAGAAAUGAUAUGAAUCAUACUUUAACUAAUUUAAUAUUUGAAGCAUUAUUAUCGCCAGUAUUGACCCCAGAACGAUUUGUUAUCGAACAUAUAAUGUUAAUAACCAUUUUACAUGCCAACAUCGGUGUUGAAGUGGGUGCACAUUUUUUGCAAUGCUUGGUUAAAAAAUUUGAUGAAGUUUAUGACGCUGACGAACCCGCCGACAAUAAAAUCUUAGAAAAUAUUGUUCAAACGUUAUCACAUUUAUACAAUUUUAGGGUAUUUGAUGCCAAUUUACUUUAUGAAAUAUUGGAAAAAUUAAACACACGAUUUACUGAAAGAGAUAUAGAAUGUAUUUUGCUGGCUCUUAAAAGUGUAGGAUUCAGUCUUAGAAAAGAUAGUCCUCUAAAUUUAAAAAAUCUUAUAGUGAACAUUCAAAAACAGGCUGCUAAUAAUAGUGAAAUGUCUAAAGACGACCCUCGUGUUAAAUUUAUGUUGGACAUCCUCAUGGCAAUUAAGAACAAUAAUAUGACCAAAAUACCAAACUAUGAUCCAACGUAUGCCGAACAUUUAAAAAAAUUACUCAAAAAUUUCGUUCGAAAAGGUCUUUAUGUGUUUUCUCUAAAUAUUAGUUUGGAAGAUUUACUUAAAGCUGACGAACGAGGUAAAUGGUGGAUCGUGGGAUCCGCAUGGACAGGUAAGGAAACGGGUAGUGUCGCAAAUAAUCAACAGAAAGUGCAAACGAAUUUAUUUUCGCAAAAGCUCCUCGACCUCGCCAGGAAACAAAGGAUGAAUACCGAUACAAGAAGAAAUAUAUUUUGCAUAUUAAUGUCUGCUGAAGAUUAUUUGGACGCGUUUGAGAAACUUUUACAUUUAGGCUUAAAAAAUCAGCAGGAGCGAGAAAUUAUUCACGUGAUAGUGCACUGUUGUUUACAAGAAAAAAGUUUCAAUCCAUACUAUGCUCAUUUGGCUCAAAAGUUUUGCGACUAUGAUAGAAGAUUUCAGAUGAUAAUAAAAUAUUCAGUUUGGGAUAAAUUAAAGGCGUUGUCGGAAUGUUCAGGAGCUCAGCUUUCAAAUAUGGCCAAAUUGUUGAUGCAUUUAUUCUUAGAAAAAGGUCUUCCAAUUUCAACAUUAAAAAUAAUGCAAUUUAGUGAACUUGAUAAAAUAACUCUCCGUUUUGUAAGACAAAUACUUUUGGGUAUUUUAUUGUGCGAAGACUUAGAGCAGUGUCUUCAAGUAUUUGAGAAGGUGUCCCAAGGAGAAAAAUUGAAGUUGUUUAGAGAAAGCAUCAGACUUUUUAUAAAACACUUUUUGUUGAGGAAUUUGAAGGUCAAUAAUGUUUCUGACGAUCAGAAAAAUCUCCUUGAAGAAAGAGCUAAUCUAAUUGAUAAAAUGUUAAGCCAACAUGAUAGAAAAAUUCGAUUCUAGCAUUCUAGGUGUAUAUAUGUAUGUUGUAUAUAUUUACCCAUAUUAAUAGUAA